UGGCACAAAUGUAAAAAUCAGACCACUGUUUUUUCACACAUCCUAUUAGCUCCAUAACUGAAACAGAAGCGGAAUGGAUAGAUUGUCUACAAUCCCAGCUGGGGAUUUCCUGCACGGUGCGUCAAGUAAAGAAAAAAAAGGGAGAAGUUUGUUAGUGUGCAUUUAGACACCACCGCAGUUCGCGUAGACUGUAGUGCACAUGCAUGCAGAGCGCUGGAUUAUAUCGACUGCACUCGCCUGACCGACAGUCGCAAUGUCUGUCCUACCGAGUACCACCGAACCCGUCUCCCUGCAGGACUACAUUGCAUCGCUGGACAAAUCCACCCUCCCCAGAAUAUUACAGAUUUGCUCAGGAGUGUAUUUUCAAGGGUCCGUGUACGAGAUGUCUGGCAGCGAGGUCUGUCUGUCCACGGGGGAUCUGGUGAAGGUCAUCAGCACUGAGCUCCUGAAGGUCUCCUGUGAGGAUGUGAACACCAAAGAGACCUUCGAUCUGCCACUCAGUUACAAAGGUUCCUUUGAGCUGCUGCCAGAGUCCCUGCCCUACUCCACAGUGGAGGAGAUUGUGACCAUGGUGCGGAUGGGGACAGACGAGGACAGGUCCUUCUGCUUCAUGAGCAGCGUGGACGUGUUCUACGAUGGACUGGUGGUGCGCAGCGGGGAGCCCCUGACCUUCGUCAGCGUGGAGGAGCGUGGGGGCCGGCGGACAGCUCACUGCAUCAUGGAUGGGGAGCAGGAGCAGGUCUCCCUGCACAUCCCCCUGUCCUGUCACGGGGAGUUCUACGAGUGCCUGGACGAGCAGAGAUACUCCCUUUCCCAGCUCCUGGCAUCCCCCCACCUCUGCUCUCGCCGGGUCAGGAUGUGCGAUCGCCAGGCCCAGUCCCAGGGCGCACUGCUGCUCUGCCCUGUCUAUGAGAUCCAGGCCAUCAUGCACUUAAGAAAGAACUUAGUAAAGAUGCCCUCGACCCUGGAGGUGGAUUUGAUAGACGUGACUGAACAGUGCCGAGACGUGACCUUCAUCUCCCCCCUAUCCCUGAGCGAGAUCCUGUCCCAGCCUCACGACGUCUUCCCAACGCUCUCGGAAAUCCUGGAGGGACCCGAGAGCCAGCCUCUCUUCAAAUGCGAGUGGCUGCCGGCGCUACGGAAAGGCAACCACCUCCUGAUCCACGGAGCUCUCCACUCCAAGAUGGUCCUGGCCUCCACUGUGGCUGGCAAGAAGCCCAAGAGGUACUUCCUGAUCUUGCAGAGCUACGGGGGACGCUUCCGGAGGAGACCCCGAGAAUUCCACACCGUCUAUGACCUCUCUGUGGCCGCCAGCAAGAAUGCCGGCAUGAAAGUCACCGUCUCCAAGUACUGUGAGAGCCUUGAAGAGGAUCUCCCUGCCCUGAGUAUUGGAGACCAGCUUGAGGUGCUUGAUCAAAACCAGGUGGAGGGUAGCUGCCUGGGAAAGGAGUCUGGGCUGGUGUGCAACCGGGUAAGCGAUGAAUGUGAUGAUGAUGAGGAGGACUGUGAGCAGAUUUCGCUACCCAUGUACCUAGAAGGGAGCUUUCUGGAGAAGAUCAGUGACCACACAAAGUACAGUAUUCUGGACAUCUGUGAGAAAUUCAUUCUGCCCCUGGAUGUGAAGGUGGCGGUUCGGGACCCUUCCUUGGAGAAUGAUCUCCUGGGCACCUUCUCCACUCUGCGGCUGGAGGAGGUCACCCUGGAGCCCACCGUACUGGCCAGCUUACCAGCUGCCCCCGAGGACUGCUUCUACUUGCCUGCCAAAUGGAUCAACAUGUCAGUUUCCUUCACCAAAGACCCCCUGCCCUGGGAAAAGAACAAGGCCCCUGUCCUGAAGCAGCAGCACUUAUGUGAGGUGACGGACAAUUUCUACUACGACUUCCGCAAGCUCACCGUCUCGAACGUGGCCCCGCCUCCCCGGCCGCCCAAGAGGAGAACAUCUUCGUCAAAAGUCCCGGAAAAGACUAAGGAUCUGGCUAAAGUCCCACCCCUUCACUCUGUGGAGACCAUUCCGCCCCGACUGGCCAAGCUCACCAUCUCUGAAAACCCACAGAGGCUCUGCCCCUCUCCGACUCUUACGAGCUUUCCUGACAAGCCCCCAGUGCUAGCCCCCAGGAGACCCAAGGGGAAGGGAAAGGAGGACGCCCACCUCAACGAAUACACCAAGACCCCCAAAGCCACGAAGGCCAAGAAAAAAAUCAAAGUUGCUGUUUCUGACGAGGACAGCGAUCACGAUUACGAGUCAAUUGAGGACACCAUAAAGAGCUCUCAUGAGGCAAUACUGUUCUACUGAAAAGACAGCAGCAGCGGGUGUGAUUUGAGGACGUCUUCUCAGGACCCCUGAAACCCUCUGGGUGUCCUGUUUGAUGCCUGACUGCUUUCUGAACAGUGGAAGUGCUAUCCCAUCCUGUCAGCUUCCUCAGAGUGUUUUAAACUCUUCAUGCUUCAGCAUUGCUAUCUGAGAUAAUGUCCGCAGUGACAGUUAAGUGAAGCAGAACACUCAGGGUCCAUCACCAAGAUCAUUAGGAUUAAGAUGUACAGUAUAUGAAUCCUUUUUUAUGUUUAAGCAAUAAGGCACGAGAGGGCAUGGGUUGUGCUGUUUAUUGUCACUUCUUGGUGCGUUGUUAGGUAUUUGUUACCAGGGCUGGAAUCCACAAAGCAAUUUAAGAAAAUUCUUAUCUUAGUUACCAUGGAAACUUCUUAAGAAUUUCGUAAGUUCAUAAUUUUUCUUAAGUGCAAUUCACAAUGAUUCUUAGACAUAAUAUUUUCUUAAAUAUAAGAAAAAAACUUACAAGAACUCUUGAGGUGACUUAAUAAAAUUCGUAGCUCGUUCUAUCAUUAGUAGCUGCGUAUCAUGGCAGCGUUUGUGGUUCAAGACAUAAUAAAUGAAGAUUUGAGGACUGAAAGGCGUUUGAUAGAUCGAAAGAAUCCCCUGGAAUAUCUCCGAAGUCACAAAUUACAGUUAAUGUUCUCCAAAUACAAUAAAUUAUUCAGUAAAGCUUAACAUAAAAACAUGUCAAAAUAUGUUUUAAAGUUUGAAAAAGGUUUUUUUAUGCACCAAAAUACAGCCCUUUUUGUCAACAACAGCGCCUCGGGCUUACUUAGUACAGCGGGCUAUUUAAAAAAUAUAUUGAGUGUUAUUAUUAGUUAGUUUAGCUUCCUUGGUAACGGGUAAUGAAAUUCCUUGGUAACGGCUUAAGAAUUUCUUAAGAAUUUCGUAGUUAAGAAUUCUAUUAUCACCCUUCAUGAAUAGAACUUAAGAAAAAAAUAUCUAUCUUAAGAAAAACGUAAGAGAAACUUAAGAAAUCAUUGUGGAUUCCAGCCCAGAAUAGAAAUCUCUCAGGAUAUUAUUUAACUGUUCUUUUGUAAUUAAUUUAAAGUCAAAUUGUAUAUUAUUUUCGGAAAGCCAGUCAUUAAAGGUUUAACUGUUUCGUGGUAUUCAUUCAGGUCUCAGUGAGUAUGGGUGGUAAAGCACUGUGCUGUUCCAGUGAUACCCUCCCCUCCCUCUGCAAGCAUGUUGAGAUAGAAAUGUGAGUGAGACUUAUUAGUAAUUAAACAGCUGCACUAUCCCUCUAGCUCUGUACGCCUGUGUGCUAUCCUAAUAAAGCCUUUUGCACCCACGUUUGCGUAUCGACCAUGACUAUACAAGCCUCACAUUAUUAAUAAUAAUCAGAAAUAAAUGGUGAAACUUUUGACCGUUGAGUCACAGGUAGCUUCCCAUAUUGUUUUAAUUUAUUUGUAACAUUUUAGCAGCAAAGACUGCAAACCACCACCCCCCUCCAAAAAAAAAACACAACGGUGAUUGGAAUACCAAGCAUCCAGAGUCAAUGCGAAAGUAUUUCAAAAGGGCUGGCUUGGAUCAGAGAGAUUGCAUCACAUAUAGAAUGGGGAGCUGUGUGAGCUGCAAGCUGAUUUUCACCAACUCAAGGUCAGAGCGGCCAGUAAACCCAGUCGUGGCGCUUGUAUCGUACAGCAGACCAUAUAAUAUUAACUAAGCAUCCAAACCAUGCAUUUAAACAUUGUGUAUGCAACAGGGAGGAGGCACAGUCUAAGAGAUAGUGCAGUUACACGUGCAGCAGUCCUGAGUUGAAUCAUUAUGUUGCGCCUCUCCAGGAGAGAACGUUAAUAUUCACGCAGGUUGUGCUAUAAAAAUAUAUAAACAAAUCUGUGACAACAAUGAGAAAACAAAAAGAUCUUAGUGUUUGGAAAUACAAAGCUAACCUGAGGGAGUUCAAACUGUAAACAGAGGCUGUGUGGUCAAACUGUAAACAGAGCUAAAUGAAGCCACUGCUGGAUGCCAAAGUUGAAACAGGCUUUUCUGCGACAGCUGGUUUUCCGAUUAGCACUAAUCUGUGGUUACCUUAUCUAGGGUAAUGAUAAUGUUCUUCAUAGUGCUGCAGUAAAAGAAACACAUGUUCUAAGUCUGCAGUGAACUUGCUGUGAAAUACAGCAUGAUUGUGGUCAGCUUAUCUACAGUUGCCUGGAACCGUGAUAUUUUUAACAACGUUGGCUGUUUUGAGAAAGUGUGUUCUGUAUGUACUUGAUUAAAUGUUUGUGCAGCAAUAAACCACUGCAAAUAUGGUACGGUGUAGUGAACGGCAGUGCAGGGCUUGUGUGAAAUAACCUUUUCCUUCCUUCUAUGUAUAAUUAAGUCCUUCAGUACACAGGCUAAUAGAUCACUUGGAUAUCAUUAUCUGACAUUAACUAGAAAAUACAUGUACUGCCUGCUGAGUGAAGACCAGGGCAGUUGUAUGCGUCUCCCAAGGAUCUAACCUUUGGCCACUGGUUCCCAACCCUGGUCCUGGGGACCCCCUGUGUCUUCUGGUUUUCAUUACAGCUGAGCUCAAUUACAUUUUAUAAGUAACUUGAAAUCUGCAACUUUUUAAGAGCCGUGAACAAUUCAAAAAGUCUAAUUAAACAAAUUAUCAGUUCAAUUAAGGGUUAAGUAAUUGAGAGCUCAGUAGGAAUGAAAAUCAGAAGACACAGGGGGUCCCCAGGACCAUGGUUGGAAACCACUGGCCUAAUGCCUUCAUCAACUUUGUUGUAAUUUGUUUUGUAAGAUUUCAUAUGGAUAUAUAAAUGUAUUUUUUUAGACCUGAACCUUCCCUAAAUAAAAUCAACACACCUUUACUGUACACCUAUGAUACUGCAGCUUGAAAUAAAUCUAUUCAGCAGCUUUGGA